AUGCACCGGUUCCUGCGUUUCGCUUUCCUGCGGUAUCGUUCCCUGCCACCUUUGGUGAACAAUCGUUUUGCUGCUUUCGGGAUUGGUCUUUGCCUCCGCAGAAUGUCGUCCUCUAGCCUUACGUCGAAUCCUCAGGCUUUGCAAGGCCCUCCUGACGAGGAAUCGUUAUUGCACUACGUGUCGGGAGGCUAUCAUCCUACCAACCUCGGGGAUACUCUAAAUGAACGUUUCGUGAUAAAGCUGGAGUGGGGUCAAUACUCUACUGUAUCGAAGCGACAUGUAGCUAUAAAAAUACUGACGGGAGAAGCAACCGAUACAAGACAUCUACAUGAGCUGGCGUUUCUGCAGCAUCUUUCGCGGACUCACUCGGAACAUCCAGGAUUUUCUCGUAUAGUUCGAUUAAUCGACAGCUUCCACCUCAUUGGCCCGCAUGGGUCGCACUUGUGUAUCGUCACGGAACUUCUUGGAGAGUCCGUGCAGUGGCUGUCGGAGUAUUACGAGGGAGGUCGUCUCCACCCUGUAGUUGUGAAGGACAUAAUCCAACAAGUGCUCUUGGGUUUGGAUUAUCUUCAUAAGAGCAACAUCAUUCAUACCGAUUUGAAACCCGAUAACUUCUUGAUUGAGCUGGAGGAUCCAGAAGCUUUUGUCAAGGAGGCCAUGGACGACAUUCCCCCCGUCGUCUAUCCACCAGUAACCAAUGUGGAUGGAAGGGUUCUCAACUACGUUAAAUCGCAGCCAAUCCCUGUACGGUUUGAAGAUGUCCAGCGCCUGGCGAAGCUUAAGGUGAAGAUCGCUGACCUGGGUGUCGCUUGCUGGGCAGACAAGGUUGAGGAACAUUUCACCGACAUGGUACAGCCUUCGGCUCUCCGAGCCCCGGAGGUGUUUCUCGGUGCUGGAUGGGACUCAAAGAUUGAUAUUUGGAACGUAGGAUGUCUUGUUCACGAAAUGAUCACAGGGGAUCCUCUCCUCCCCGUAGUUUUGAAUGAUCAUGAAGCUCGGCCCUUCCAACAACUCACCGUCAUGAUACUCCGCCUUGGACCGAUACCUCCCGAUCUGAUCGUUCGUGGAAAAUACUCCAGGCAUUACUUCGACCCAGACGGAACUUUCAUGCCGAGUCUCGACUACCCGGGGGUGCCGACCUUGGUGCAGAAAUUGGACAGCAUUUAUAGCAAGCGAUGGUAUCCUGAAGAGGUAGAGCUGUUCAAGUCAUUCAUGAUGUCGGCAUUGGCGAUGGAUCCGGAGGACAGGCCAAGUGCUGCUGUUCUAGCCGAACAUGAGUGGUUUCGAUCUACGUUCGAAUUCAAGAAGAAUUUUUGA